AUGCAAGAGUUCAAAUGUAUCCGACGGGCGCCGUCCAGCGCAGCGGGUCGCGCGUACGACGCGCGGGCAAGAACGACAGCGGCCCGACCGCGCCAAGAGCCGAAAGCCGGCAGCAAGACCGGCAGGCAAAACGUCGGCCAACCGACGGUGGGAGGAAAGGCAAUGACCGACAGGCAAGCCGGCGGCGGCGAUUUGUCGCCGGGACCAGAGUCGCCGGAUCUGGAGUCGCUGGUGGCCGCAAUCGCGGACGGCUGCCGCUUGGCGCUGCCCCCGGACUACGGCGGCGUGGCCGUGGCGGCGACCCUGGCGCUGCUGGAGCGACCGCCGCGGGAUCUGCACCUGAUCUGUCUGCCCAGCAGCGGCCUGCAGGCCGACAUGCUGAUCGCCGCGGGCUGCGUGAGCACCGUGGAGACGGCGGCCGUCACUCUGGGCGAGGCCGGGCUGGCGCCCGCCUUCACCCAGGCCGCAAAGGCCGGGCGCCUGCGCCUGCUCGACGCCACCUGCCCGGCCCUGCACGCCGGCUUUCAGGCGGCCGAGAAGGGCGUGCCCUUCAUGCCGCUGCGCGGUGUCAUCGGCUCCGACCUGCUGGCCGGCCGGCCCGACUGGCGGGUGAUCGACAACCCCUUCCCCGAGCAGGCGGACGACCGCAGCAUCCUGGCGGUGCCGGCGAUCCGGCCCGACAUGGCGCUGUUCCACGCGCCGCGCGCCGACCGCUUCGGCAACGUCUGGAUCGGCCGCCGCCGCGAGCUGGCCAGCCUCGCGCAUGCCGCGCGGACCACGCUGGUGACCGUCGAGGAGCUGGUCGAGGAGGACCUGCUGGACUGCGAGGUCACGGCCGCCGGCGUGCUGCCGGCGCUCUACGUCUCCGCGCUCUCCGUCGUGCCCGGCGGCGCCCGCCCGCUCGGCCUGCAGGAUCUCUACGCCCCGGAGCCGGCGGUGGUCGCCGCCUGGGCAGAGGCCGGCGCGGCCGGCGACUGGCCGGGCGCCUUCGCGGCCGUGCGCCAAGGUCUGGCGGAGGUGGUGAUCUCCGCCAUCGCCGGUCUGCUGCAGGGCUGCGGCAACGUGGCGGUCGGCGCGCUCUCGCCGAUCCCCGGCAGCGCCGCGCUGCUGGCCCGCGCGCUGUCCGGCGGGCGGACCCGGGUCACCCUGCUCGGCAGCCGCCGCCACAACUACUUCACCGACGGCGGUCGCGAGCUCUUCGACGCCGCCGGACAGGGCCGGAUCGACGCCUUCUUCCUGAGCGGCGCCCAGAUCGACGGCCAGGCCAACAUCAACCUGACCUGCAUCGGCGAUCCGGCCCGGCCCAAGGCCCGCUUCUCCGGCGCCUUCGGCUCGGCCUACCUCUACUUCGUGGUGCCCCGCGUCAUCCUGUUCCGCGAGGAGCACAACCGCCGCAUCUUCGUGCCGCGCGUCGACUACGUCUCGGCCCCCGGCACCAGCGCGCCCGGGGUCUACCGCCGCGGCGGCCCGCACGCGCUGGUCACCGGCCUGUGCGUGCUGCGCUUCGACGCCGCACGCGGGCGCUUCCGCCUGGUCUCGGUGCAUCCCGGCCACAGCGUCGAGGAGGUGCGCGACAACACCGGCUUCGACUUCGACCUGCCCGAGCGGGUCCCGACCACGCCGCUGCCCGACGCCGCCGAGCUGGCGACCCUGCGCCGGCGCGUGGCGCCGGAGAUCGCCGAGACCUACCCCCGCUUCGCCGCCGAGCUGUUCGUCCGCGACGCCAUGACCCUGCCCGCUUCCGCCUUCGGCGCCCUCGCCGGCACCACGGUGAUCGACCUCACCCGCGUGCUCGGCGGUCCCUACUGCACCCAGAUCCUGGCCGAUCACGGCGCCGAAGUGAUCAAGAUCGAACCGCCGACCGGCGACGAGACCCGCGGCUGGGGCCCGCCCUUCCACGACGGCCUCUCGGCCUACUUCUCCGGCGCCAACCGCAACAAGGAGUUCGUCUCCCUCGACCUCUCCAAGGCGGAGGGACGCGCGGUGCUGUUCCGGCUGCUGGAGUCGGCCGACGUGCUGAUCCACAACUUCAAGUCCGGCACUUUGGAGAAGUGGGGCAUGGGCUGGGAGGAGGUGCUGCAGCCGCGCUUUCCGCGCCUGGUCUACUGCCACAUCACCGGCUUCGGCGACGCCGGGCCGAUGGGCGGCCUGCCGGGCUACGACGCGGUGGUGCAGGCGCUGUCCGGCACCAUGAGCGUCAACGGCACCGAGGACAGCGGCCCCUUGCGCAUGGGCACCCCGAUCGUCGACCUGGGCACCGGCAUGACCGCGGCCAUCGGCAUCCUCAUGGCCCUGCUGGAGCGGCAGCGCAGCGGCCAGGGCCAGAAACUCGACGUCUCGCUCUACGACAGCGCCAUCGCGCUGCUGCACCCGCAGGCGGCCAACGCCCUGAUGACCGGCAAGCCGGCGCGGCGGAUCGGCAACGCCCAUCCCAACAUCUCGCCCUACGACCAGUUCCCGACCCGGACCAAGCCGGUCUUCCUGGCGGUCGGCAACAACCGCCAGUUCGCCAUUCUCUGCAAGUUCCUGGGCAAGCCGGAGCUGGCCGAGGACGCGCGCUUUCUCGACAACGCCCGGCGGGUGGAGAACCGCGACGCGCUGCGCGCCGAGCUGGUCGCGCUGCUGGCCGACCACACGGCCGAGGAGCUGACCGAGACGCUGCUGCGCCUGGGAGUGCCCGCCGGCGCGGUGCGCGAGGUCACCGAGGUGCUGGACCAUCCCCACACGCGCUUCCGCGACAUGGUGGUGGAGCGCGACGGCUAUCGCGGCACCGGCAUCCCCGUGAAGAUGUCGCGCACGCCGGGCGGGGUGCAGCGCCGCCCGGCAACCCUGGGCCAUGACAGCCGCGCCGUGCUGCGCGCGCGCGGCUGGAGCGAGCAGCAGAUCGCCGACCUGGUCGCCGCCGGCAUCCUGGUCGCCGAAGACGAGGCGGCGCUGCGAGACCCCGACGAGCCCACGCCCCCGACCGACCCGGCGCCGGCGGCGGCCGCCACGGCGCUGCCGGACACCCGCGGCCUCGACCUCUGGGCCGGCGACCCGGCGCUGCGCCAGCUCCUCGCGCUCUACCUGCCGGCCGAUCUCUACGCCCAUCUGCGCCCGCACCUGGCGCGGCUCGGCGCCAUGGUCACCACGCGCCUCGACGCGCUCUCCCACGCCGCCGACCGCAACCCGCCGGUGCUGCAUCAGCGCGACCGCCAGGGCCGCGACCGCCAGUGGAUCGAGAAGCACCCGGCCUACCGCGAGCUGGAGCAGAUCGCCUUCGGCGAGUUCGGAUUGGCCGCGAUGUCCCACCGCGGCGGCGUGCUCGGCUGGCCGGAGCCGAUCCCGCCGGCCGGCAAGUACGCCCUGACCUUCCUGCUGGUGCAGUCGGAGUUCGGGCUGUGCUGCCCGCUGAGCAUGACCGACGCGCUGACCCGCACCCUGCGCCGCUUCGGCGAUCCGGAGCUGGUCGAGCGCGCCCUGCCGGGGCUGGCGGCCACCGACCUCGACGCCCUGGCCCAGGGCGCCAUGUUCAUCACCGAGCAGGGCGCCGGCUCCGACGUCGGCGCCGGCACGGUGACGGCACGGCCCGAGGGCGGCGACGGCGACGGCGACGGCGGCGCCUGGCGGCUCUACGGCGACAAGUGGUUCUGCUCCAACCCCGACGCGGCCUGGGCCAUGGUGCUGGCGCGGCCCGAGGGCGCACCGGCCGGGACCCGCGGCCUCGGCCUCUUCCUCAUGCCGCGCGAGGUGACCGGUGCCGACGGCGCGGCGCGGCCGAACGCCUACCGGAUCGUGCGCCUGAAGGACAAGCUGGGCACCCGCUCCAUGGCCUCGGGCGAGAUCGCGCUGGAGGGCGCCACGGCCUACCUGGUCGGCGCGCUCGGCGAGGGCUUCAAGCAGAUGGCGGAGAUGAUCAACGUCUCGCGCCUGUCCAAUGGGGUGCGCGCCGCCGGCCUGAUGCGCCGGGCGUGGCACGAGGCGCACCACGUGGCGACCCAGCGCAGCGCCUUCGGCCGGCGCCUGAUCGAGAUGCCGCUGAUGCGCCGCCAGCUUCUUAAGCUGCUGCUGCCCGGCGAGCAGGCGCUGUCGAUCAUGCUGUUCACCGCCGAGGUGAUGGGCCGCGCCGACGCCGGCGACCGCGAGGCGGCGGCCUGGCUGCGCGCGCUGACGCCGCUGAUCAAGUUCCGCGCCUGCCGCGACGCCCGCAAGGUGACCGCCGACUCCAUGGAGGUACGCGGCGGCUGCGGCUACAUCGAGGAGUGGAUCAACCCGCGCCUGCUGCGCGACGCCCACCUGGGCUCGAUCUGGGAGGGGACCAGCAACAUCGUCGCCCUCGACGUGCUGCGCGCCGCCCGCAAGCUGGAGGCGCACCGGGUCCUGACCCGGGGCCUGGCCACGCGGCUAACCGAGGCCGAGACCGUGCCGGCCGACCUGCGCAGCGAGCUGGUGGCGCGCCUGGACGCGGCGGCCAGCCUGGUCGAGACCGCCUGCGCGGCCGGCGCGCCUGGCGAGCGGCUGGCGCGCCAGGCGGCCAGCGCGCUCUACAACGCCGCGACCGCCGCCAUCCUCGCCCUGGAGGGGGCCGCCCUGGCCGAGCGCGCGGGCGAUGCCCGCCGCCUGGUGCUGGCGCGCCUGGUGCUCGACCAUCGCCUGAGCCCGCGCGACCCGCUCGCGCCGGACUCCGCCGAGCGCGAAGCGGCGGCCGCCGAGCUGCUGCUGCGGGCCGAGGGCUGCAGCCUGGCCGAGGCGCGGGCCGCCUGCGCGGCCUGA